CGCAGACUGAUAGACAGCACUGCAGGCAGAAGCAGUGAACUCGAGCGUAUCGAUUUUUAUGACUUAGUGUCCGUUUCGUUAGAUGUAGUGUCGUUUCAUGAAGAUAUUAGUGAAUGGAAUGUGUGUAUAAAGCAAGACGAGUCCUCAGAGCGUGAAUCGGAAAGUUAGAAGAUGACCAAGGAUAGAUUAGCAGCUCUAAAAGCAGCGCAGAGUGACGACGACGAUGUUGGACCAGAUGAACAUGCCGUUGAUGUGGAAGGGAGGGACGGUUUUAUGGAUGACUUCUUUGCGGAAGUGGAGGAGAUUAGGGAGAUGAUAGAAAAGAUCCAGAACAAUGUCGAAGAAGUCAAGAAGAAGCACAGCGACAUUCUAUCUGCCCCUCAAACAGAUGAGAGUGAGUACGAACUACCUUUUAGCUUCGCUUAAAGCAAAUUGGUCCUCUGGUGAAGAUGUGAAUGCUUAGUGUACUCUUUUCGCAUCAUUCCAUUAUGUUGCGUAGGUUGACAGAAAUUUUUGUUAAUGUACAUUAAGUAGUACAUUACAUUAAGAAGUACAACAAUGGUUUGCUGUAAUUCUGGACACCUGUCAUGACUAUACAAAAGGAUCUGUUUUGUAGAGCCUGAACAUUUGUCCAUUAAUUAUCCAGGUUUUGAGUUUUGUGGGAUAUGACAAUGUGCAUUAAUUGUGGAUGAUGAAGCAGAAAGAUCAUUUUGUGUGUAUAAAAUAAUUUUGAGUGAAGAAAGAUAGAACUUUUUUUUACAUUUUAAUUUUUCUGUGUCCAGCAGUGUUUUUUACUUAAUGCUGUUAAUAAAACAAGUUGAAGAAAAAAGAGCCAAAAUUUGUCAAUUUAUGCUGCUUAUUGUUCAAAAUGAGUAGAAAGGCACGAAAUUGUGGAGAGGAAAUAUAUUUUUAAUCAUUAAAAAGGAAUGUAAAAUAUAAAAGGAAAACAAUUCUGUAUAUUCUAAACAUUAAUGAUGUAAAUUAUUGAAAAUGAGAAUUAGUACGGAAGUCUUUCAAUUAUCUAAAUGCUUUAUUUUCUGUAGAUUUAGAAUUUUAUUUUUCUAGAAACAAUUUUCUGUGAAAUGUCAGUUAAAGCGUUGCUGCCUCAGAAAUUCAUAAAAGUUGUGAGAUUCGGUUGUUUAAGAGGAGGUACUUCUUGGCGGGUGAUUUAGAAAGAAUAAUAUUUGAUGUAUGUAAUUGGGCACAUGAAAUGAUGUUGUGUAGUAGAGACUUGAAACAUGUUAUGUUCAUGUGAAAAAGAAAUAUUGUUUCCUCAAGUUUUCAAUAUUUUUUAUUGAAAAAAAUGUAUUAUUGCACUUAUUAAAUUUAUUUGUAAAUUUAUAUCCAAAAUUUAAUAUAGUUAAAAAAUAACAUUACUUGGAGGGAACAUUUGUAAUAUCAAAAGCAAAUAGUACUAUUUUCGAGAUUUUCGUUGUUUUUAUUGUUAUCAUUGAAAAUAUCCAACUGCUGCGAUAAUAUUAAAUGGGUUGUAUGUCAU